CAAGAGGUCUCUUCACAGUCCCCAAGUCCUGAACAGACUAUGGGGAGGCACACAGUACUACAUAGAGCCAUGACUACAUGGAACUCUAUUCUACAUCAAGUAACUUGACCAGGAAGUAAAAUUAGAUUUAUAAAUAAAUAAAUAAAUAAAAAACAUUGGCACAAAGCAACACAAACAUUAGUACAGACACAUGCAUAUGAGUUAAGUUAAUUAGUUGAGUAUUUGGGAGCAAAGGACAUUCGUUUAGACAAGACCCUUACAGUGUCAUCAGAAAGGGGUUCUCCAGAAAUGUUGAUCACAGCCUUGUUCUGGUCCUGCUCCAUGUGGUUGGAUAAUCUUGCUUUCUUCCUCCUCCUCUGUGUUGGCCUCUUCCGCAUCCUCUCCUCUUUGUGAACCUUGCGUGGCUCGGCUUUCUGGCCUAAAAAAUCUUGGGAGGAGCCGGCCUCGCGGAGUGUCUUGGAUGAUCCUCAUCGUCGACUUCACCUCUUCUAUAAACUUCCUUAGCUUGUCCAGCUUCAAUUUAAGAGUGAAUGUGUCUUGAGGGUUCUGGGGAAAGGACAAUGACCUCGUUAGUGGCCUAUGAUGAUUCUGACCAGGAGGAUGAUGACGGAGCACUCCCUCAUCUUGCCAACUGUCCCAUGGAUGAUAUCAGGCAGUCCCAAGGAAACCAAAAAUGGUUGGAUUCUAACUUCUAUGGACCAUUAUUACCCAGUCCCCAUUACAAACAACUGGAAAUAGGACAAUGUGUUGAAGGUAGGACAGUGUCUGAACCUCACAGGGAGAUUUAUCCCCUUCCAUUGGGUCUCUCAGGGGUUGUGGAGAACAGCUCAAACUCAAAACCAUACUCCGCUCCACAAUACUGUGUUAAUUUGACCACAGCGAAGAGGCAUCAGGCUGCACCACCUGGUGUCUCGCCAUACAUUCCUAAGAGACAGAGGUUGGCCACACAAGGAACGAGAGAAGAACCAACCUCUUUGGAAACAAAUGAUAAGUCCACUGUCUCCAGGCUGCUGACCGAGGUCUCUGAGCGGGUGCGUCCGUACCUGGGGCCCAGGCCUGGCAGGGCAGCGGUGCCGAGGUGCAUGCAGCUCAGCCUCCAGGCCCACCAGGCUCCAAUCAACAUGAUCCAGUGGUGCCCAGUGCCCCAGCUCAGCCAUCUCCUACUGUCUGCCUCCAUGGACAAGACUGUCAAGAUUUGGGAUGGUGCAGAGAGUGGGCAGUGCCUGCAGGUAUACUCCUCCCACUCGGGGGCGGUGCGAGAUGCCUGUUGGUCCCCCUGUGGGCGACGCCUCCUCACCGGCUCCUUUGACAACACGGCCAUGGUGACGGACGUGGAGACAGGACAGCAGAUCGUGAAGGUGGGGAACCAAUUCAAGGUGAUGUGCUUGGCAGUGCAGCCCAACGACCCUGAAGUGUUCCUGUGUGGGGGUUACAGCGCAGAGGUCAAGGCCUGGGACGCCCGUACCUGCAAGGUGGAGAGGGUGUACAGGGCACGGAUCCAGCAGACUCUGGCCAUCCUGUUCCUGACCGGGGGCAGGGAGUUUGUGACCAGCAGUGACUCGGUCAGCCGGGACUCUGCCGAGCGCACGCUCAUUGCCUGGGACUUCCAAACCACCGCUAAGGUCUCCAAUCAGAUCUACCAUGAGCGGUACACGUGCCCCAGCCUAGCCCUUCACCCCCAGCAGGACUCGUUUGUAGCGCAGAGCAAUGGCAACUACAUGGCCCUAUUUUCUGCCCAGCGGCCAUACAGAAUGAAUAAGAGGAGGCGGUAUGAAGGACACAAGGUUGAGGGCUAUGCGGUGAGGUGUGGCUUCUCUCCGGAUGGGUCCAUACUGGCCACGGGCAGCUCCACAGGCUCUGUCCACUUCUACGACCAGCAGAGUGCUCGGACGCUGCACACGCUGCUCGCACACCAGCAGGCAUGCAUGUGUGUGUCUCUGCACCCUGUGAUGCCCGCUGUGGUGGCAACGUGCGACUGGGGUGGCGAGAUCAGGAUCUGGCAGUGAUUGGCACAAAGAAGGGGAGGAAUUAUAACACCCAGACACUACAAACAUCCAGGCAUCCUUCCUAUCUGAGCUGCCGGAGAGAAAGGAAACUGCUCAGGAAUAUUUCCAUAAGGGCAAUUUACUCUUCAUACUGAAAUUCGCUUCCAUUCAAAUACAUACCUGUUGACCAAACUGCUGGCAGUUGUCUAUUGCUUAGCUUAUACCAUAACUUCAAUCAAAUUUCAAGGCAAAAAUUGUAAAAUUGACUUUGUUUUUUUUUUGGUACCAUAGCUUACUCAGGAAUUAGUGUACAGGAUUCUUACUCGCAUUGUAAAUGAACGACGUGAUGACCCUGUUUGUCACAGCUUUAAUAAAAGUACUGACCUAAUCUACAUU